GAGCUGUCAAGCUGACAGCUCGAGAGCGAGAGGAGAGCCAAGCACUGAUGAUCAGUGUGCCCUGAUGAUCAGUGUAGCCCCAAAAGUGCCACAUGUCAGUGUCCAUCAGUGCCAGCUGUCAGUGCCCAUCAGUGUCACAUCAAUGCCACAUAUCAGUGCCUACCCGUGCACAUCAAUGCCACAUAUCAGUGCCUAUCUGAGCUGCCUUUCAGUGUCACCCUACAGUGUUGCCAAUCAGUGCUGCCUAUCAGUGCCAGUCAGUGUUGCCUAUCAGUGCCAGUCAGUGUUGCCUAUCAGUGCCAGUCAGUGCCAUAUAUCAGUGCUGCCU